ACCUAGGCGAGCUGCCGAGCUAUUGCUCGGCGCCUCCAUCUCGUCCACACCACACAGCCGUUGAGUCCAAUUCGCUCACUCACCGUCAAACCCACACCUCAAACUCCUUCCCUUCAAGAAUGUCAGAUUAUCCACUGCGGCCUCUUCCUCCUCUUCCUCCGCCCCUCCCACCAUGAUUGCCACCCAUCUCUCCCCAGGCCUCAAGCAGUACCGCUUCCCGUCCCCGCUCCACUCCACCUCUCACAACCACCACCUUCCCGUGCACCUCCCGCUCCCCCGCCGCCACCGCAACUUCGCUAAGCCCGCCGCGGCCGUGCCUGACCUCCUCGCCAGCGUCGAGUCCGUGGCCUCCGCGGCCUCCGUCCUGGCCGCCAUCGUGCUCGUCCACGAGUCCGGGCACUUCCUGGCCGCGGCGUCCCGGGGCAUCCACGUCUCCCAGUUCUCCAUCGGCUUCGGCCCGGCGCUCGCCCGCUUCCGCCUCGGCCCCGUGGAGUACGCGCUCCGCGCCAUCCCGCUGGGCGGCUACGUAGGCUUCCCCGACGACGACCCGGAGUCCGGCUUCGCGCCCGACGACCCCGACCUCCUCCGCAACCGCCCCGUCCCGGACCGCCUGCUCGUCGUCUCCGCCGGCGUCGCCGCCAACCUCGCCUUCGCCUUCCUCAUCGUCUACGCGCAGGCGCUCACCGUCGGCGUCCCCGUGCAGGCGCAGCUCCCCGGGGUUCUCGUGCCCGAGGUUCUCCCGGGCUCCGCGGCCGCGCGCGCGGGCCUCCUCCCCGGGGACAUCAUCCUCGCUGUGCCCGGGGCCGCGCCGGACCCGUCCGUCCCCGUCCUCGUCGACCUCAUCAAGGCCAGCCCCAGCAGGGAGGUGCCCCUCACCGUCUCGAGAGCCGCGCCCGGGGCGGUGGACAGGCGGUCCGUUGAGCUCACCGUCGUGCCGGACACCAGCGCCGAUGGCUCGGGGCGCAUCGGCGUGCAGCUCUCCCCCAACGUCCGCGUCACGCGCGUGCGCCCCCAGAACCUGGCCGACGCGACCGUCCUUGCCGUGCGCGAGUUCACGCUCUUGACCGGGACGGUGUUCGACGGGCUCAGGCAGACAUUGCUCAACUUCUCUCAGUCCGCCGACAAGGUGUCAGGCCCUGUUGCCAUCAUUGCAGUGGGAGCGGAAGUGGCCAGGUCCAGCGCGGAUGGGCUGUUCCAGUUUGCGGCGGUGAUCAAUCUCAACCUCGCAGCCAUAAACUUGUUGCCCUUGCCAGCAUUGGACGGUGGCACCUUGGCAUUGAUCCUUCUUGAGGCAGCCCGGGGUGGGCGCAAGAUCCCCCGAGAAGUUGAACAGGGUAUUAUGUCAUCGGGGAUACUGGUGGUGCUCAUGGUUGGCAUGUUCCUCAUUGUACGUGACACACUCAACCUUGAUUUCAUCAAGGAGAUCUUGUGAUACUUCGCGUGAAAAAUCAAUUGAUUGCAGUUGUAGUAAAAUUGCCAGUGUCAGAACUUGGUUGGCUUGGAAAUGUGUAGUUGUUGUGAUUCAUUUUGCCUUUGAUGGGACUGCUCUAGCACUCCAGGUCUCUGGUUUCUUGCUAUACUGAUCGUAGGUUAUUGUAUUGCUGGUUUUGGAAUGAAGCUUGUGAUAUUAUAGUUAAUCAUGACCGAGAUAAAAAAAAA